AUGCCUCCGCCUAAGACGAACCAGCUUACGCCAAAGCAGCUCGCCGACUUCAGGAAGGGCCCAAAGGCAAAUGUCGUCAUUGGUCCCGACAAUGACCGGUACAUUGGUCUUGAGAGUGCUUCCGUGAACCUGCUAGCACACUUCUCUCCAGUGGCUCGGAAGAAGCUGGUCGAGGAACGAGGCACGGUCUUAACCAUUCCUGACGGCUCGAAGAACGCCAUCCGUUGGAUCUACAAGUAUAUGCAAGCUGGCGAGCGUGAUCCCUCGGACAUGCCUACGUUCGAGGCACUGAACUCGGAUGCCUUGAUCGACGUGUACAAACACUGCGACCUUCUCAAGUACGACUCGCUGAGGAAGCGUAUCUUCAAUCGCCUGAAGAGCAAGUUUUACCAUACGCUUCCGACUAUAGACGAGAUUAAGCUCUACCAGGAUUCGAUCCCAGCGCUCUACGACUGCGCGAUUCGCUGCAUUGUCGAUGAGAUGGCGAGGCCGUGGACUUGCGACUACCAGCCGUAUCAAGAGCUUGCCAACACGAAUGAGGCCUUCAGUAAGACGCUAGACGAUGCUUUGCAGAAAUACAUUGCCUCACGUGUCAAGGUCAGCGAAGAGUACUAUCGCAAUACGAAGGAUCGGCGUGUGAUCUGGGCCAUGAACUAUAUCGAGGACAUCCGCGCCGGUCGUCGUCCCUACACCAAGUUCGCCGACAGGUCUUCGAAUAUGUUGUCCUGGAAGUCUCAGCAGAAGGGCAAGGCUGCCCCAGGUCUGUUCAACAACGUCAAGGCUGAUGCGAACGGCGUAGCAGGAAACAUUCCAGCUCUUGCAGCCAAGCACGAUAGGAAGUAUGUCAGCAAAACCUACACACCGUUCACCUGCCACAAGUGCGGUGGAGAAGGCCAUAUUGCACGCAACUGCACAACAGAGAUUGCUGCUAAGUCUGCCACCACAAACGGAGUCACAUACAAGAAGCCAGAGCAGCGUCUAGGUCCAGUCUGCUACACUUGCAAAGGAACCGGCCACCUUUCCCGCAACUGCCCAGCAGAGCAGUCCGCCGCCAAACCCGCGGUCAUCACCGGUCUUCUCAACAAGGCAACAGACAAGCGUCCACUUCCAGUCUGCUUCGAAUGUGGCGAGAACGGUCAUAUCGCGCGCAACUGCCCGGAGGAGAAGCCGCAAUCUGAGCGGAGCAAGGCAAAGUCUCAGCAGCCAUUCAUUUGCUACAAGUGCGGCGAGGAAGGCCAUAUGGCGCGCGAGUGCACGGAGGACGUAUCAGGCGAGGAACACGCUAGCCUCUCCUCUUUCCCAGCCUUGCCUCCCACCAAAGCUCCCACAAGCGGUGGAAAGCUGGUCAAUGGAUUGCGUCCUGCUCUCGGUCCCGCUCGCGCAGCUGCCGUCGAUAACCUUGGCGUCAACCAGGCAAACGCUAUCGACUCGUCGGAAGAAGGAGAGGGCUCAAAGACACCUGAUCACGAGGUUCGUUAG